CAGGGACCAGCUUUGCUCCGUGACUGCAAUGCCGCGCUCUCGGACCAGGAGCAAGAGCCGAGCACCUGCGAGCCCGAAGCGCCGCUCCGAGUCUCAGCCUGCGGAGCGCCGGCGGCGCCGGCGGAAGCGCUCGGAGAACCGGCUCAGGAGUCGACCACGCUCGAGCUCACCGCCUCAACGGUCGCGCUCUGGCUCCGGAAAGAACAAUCGAUCUCCGAAGGGCCGUUCGCCUCCUCCACGAUCACCAAGAAGACGGAAGUCUCGAUCUGCACCCGCGAGAAGCAGGGAUCGCAGCCGAUCUCGCUUAAGAAGCCGCAGCCGACGGAGAAGCCGAGGGCGGAGACGAAAUCGCAGCCGAAGCCGCACAGAUGGGGGCAACUGGUCGCAGCCGAGGGGCCGGCGGGAACCGUACCGGCCAAAGAAGCCUGAAGGUUGCAAGACCAUUUGGGUCGGCUGGGUUGACAAGAAACCGGAAGAGGAGGAGUUGCAGGACUUCUUCAAAGACUGCGGCCACAUAGUGGAGGUGCGAUGUAGUGAUCGGCACGUACGAGGCUACUUCGCACAUGUCCAGUUUGAAGACACCAGAAUGGUUGACGAAGCGAUGAAGAAGCAGGGGGAGGAAUUUAUGGGUGUAAAAAUCCAAAUUGACUAUGCUUACAUGGACAAGGUGGCUUUCAAUCCAAAAUUGGAAGCUGAGGCGCCCAGCAGUCGACGCUACAGACCCAAGAGUGUCAAGCCUCCCAAUGGGCACACGCUUUGGGUUGGCGACGUCUCCAUCGAAGCCAGUGAGCAGGACCUCAUUGAUCUCUUCGAGCCAUGUGGCGAAGUGGAGAUGAUCUGCUUACAGGUCAAUCAGCUGAGAAACGGCAAGUUCGGUCACAUCAAGUUUUUUGAGACAGAGGCAGUUGACAAAGCCGCAGCUCUCGCUGGCUCGCCAGUCCAUGGAGUGCCGAUUCGGGUGGACUUCGCGGAAGACAAGCCCCUGGCUGCGUACCGAGUUGGCAAAGACAGAACUGUAGCUGAAGCGCAGAGGCCAGAGGACUGCCGAACGAUUUGGGUUGGUGGCCUUCCUUCAGAGAUUUCUGAAGAGGAGCUACGCGAAUAUUUUGGAAAAUGUGGCGAAAUCAGGGAAAUCCGACUGGACAAAAGCAAGCGCAGCGGCACGCUGUUUUGCCACAUCGAGUUUGCGGACUCUCCAUGCGUAGAUCGUGCGAUUCGUUUGUCCGGUGAGCGAUUGGGAUCAUCCAAGAUCAGAGUUGACUUUGCCGAGAAUAGGGGACUUGGCUUACCACCAAUGAAGAAGGGCAGCGCUCCUGGACCGCCCGAGGGCUGGGUUGCAGGUGCUCCUCCCCCUGGUAUGCCACCGCCUGGCAUGGGUCCUCCUGGGUGGAUGGGGCAUGGCCCGCCGCCACACGGCUACCUGCCGCCUCCUCACUUGGGACCUCCGCCUCCGCACAUGAUGCGCCCACCGAUGCCUGGCAUGCCGAUGCCGCAUCACGGCCAUCCCGGCCAUCCUGGCCAUCCCGGAAUGCCACCGCCGGGCGCCUUCGGGGGUCCUCCGCCGGCCGACAAAGCUGGAGCUCCCGCGUUGGAAAACAAAGAUGGGAAAGCAGAGGAGUGCCGAAUGGUUUGGGUGGACGGCUUUGCGGAAGACACUUCCGAAGAUGAGCUGCGUGAGUUUUUCGGCAAGUGUGGUGACAUCAAAGAAAUCCGGCUGGACAAAAGCAAGCCUAGUGGUGCGUUGUGCCACAUCGAGUUUGCAGAAGCUGCUUCUGCAGCCCAAGCCGUCAAGUUGUCUGGCGAGCAAUUAGGGUCAUCAAAGAUCAGAGCUGACUUUGCUGAUAACAGGGGAAGUGGCCUUCAACAAGCCAAAAAGGCAGGCAUGCCUGGACCGCCCGAGGGCUGGGUUGCAGGUGCUCCUCCCCCUGGUAUGCCACCGCCUGGCAUGGGUCCUCCUGGGUGGAUGGGGCAUGGCCCGCCGCCACACGGCUACCUGCCGCCUCCUCACUUGGGACCUCCGCCUCCGCACAUGAUGCGCCCACCGAUGCCUGGCAUGCCGAUGCCGCAUCACGGCCAUCCCGGCCAUCCUGGCCAUCCCGGAAUGCCACCGCCGGGCGCCUUCGGGGGUCCUCCGCCGGACUACUAUGGGCGGCCGCCUGGGCCAGAUCCGUAUGGACGGCCUCCACCUGGGUAUCCGCACUAUCCUCCGCCAAACUGGAGGCCACCUGGGGGCCCUGAAGGGCAUCCCUAUGGCCCGCCUGGCCCUGCACGGGCUCCAAAAGCUGCCAAGAGAGGUAGAAGCAGAAGUUGCAGCUCUGGCUCGUACACAUACAGCUACAGCUACACGCCAAGCCCGGAAAGAGCGGCACCGAAAGCUGGUGCGCCUCCUCCAGGUGCACCGCCAACUGGGCCACCUGGAGUGUUGACGCCAGGGCCACCACCACCAGGGCCUGCUCCGUCAUGAGGACUUGGUGCAAUGAGGCCACCAGGACCAGUGGACAUGUAGCGAAGUGUGCCAAGUGUGCUGUGAUUGAAUGAACUUGAGAGAUGACCUUUGGUGAGGGCCAAGUCGGGCCAAGUCUAGGGCAUCUAGGCGGCCCUGAAACUUUCACCUGCACUCUUGGUCCCAAGUGGAGGUGGAAGAAGGUAGAAGCUCUUCUCCCAACAACGAAUCAUCAAUAAGUUUCAGCCUUCAGUUUUGUAUUCCC